UCAGCCCUCUUCUCCCCCCCAAAAAAUGUCCGCCUGAAGGAUCGGCGGGCUGCAGUGGGUGAGAGAGAGACGGCGAGGCGCAGCCAGCCGCGUCACACACACACACAUAUAACCCAGCACAGGCCGAGCCAGUGCGGGUCGGCCCGGCUCGGUGGCAGGAGCGCGGGGUGGGGGAGUUACAGCCCUCACCCUCAGGCGGGACCGCUGGCGGCCGUUGGAUGUGUGGUGGAGGGGCGAAAGAGGUUUAGUGCGAAUAAUUCAAGAUGAAUCCACAGCAACGGAUGGCCGCUAUAGGAACGGACAAGGAAUUGAGCGAUCUGCUCGAUUUUAGUGCGAUGUUCUCGCCUCCUGUUAAUAGUGGAAAAAAUGGACCAACUACACUUGCGAGCAGUCAGUUUGGUGGUUCGGUAAUGGAAGAGCGAACAGGUACAAGUUCCUGGGGAUCAUCUGACCAGCCAAGUCCACCAUAUGAAUCUUCAAGGGCAUUUGCCGACAGUCCUCAUUACAGUGAACAUUUGAAUGAUAGUAGAUUAGGAUCCCAUGAAGGAUUGUCACCAACACCAUUCGUGAACUCCAGCCUGAUGGGAAAAGUUUCAGAGAGAGGAUCCCUUCCGCCUUACAGUCGAGAUCCAGGCCUACCAGUAUGUCAAUCUAGUAUUCUUCGAUCAGAUGUUGGAAUAGGCAGCCCUGCAUCUUUACCAUCUUCAGGAAAACCUGGAACAGUGUACUACCCUUUCACUGCUACAAAUCCACGCAGAAGACCUCUUCAUGACACACCUCCUCUUGAUCCUUCUCAAACAAAGAAAGUAAGAAAGGUGCCUCCUGGUUUGCCUUCAUCUGUUUAUGCACCUUCUCCGAGCUCAGAUGAUUUCAACAGGGAGUCUCCCAGUUACCCAUCACCUAAACCACCCAGCAGUAUGUUUGCCAGUACAUUCUUUAUGCAAGAAGGAAAUCACAAUUCUUCUGAUCUUUGGAAUUCUUCAAAUGGGAUGCACCAGCCAAGUUAUGGAGGGAUGUUGGGAAGUUCUUCGCAUGUCUCUCAAUCUAGUAGUUACAACAGUCUCCAUACACAUGAUCGCUUGAACUAUCCUCCACAUUCAGUAUCACCUACAGACAUCAACCCCAGUCUUCCCCCAAUGUCUAGCUUCCAUCGAGGAAGUACCAGCUCCCAUUAUGUUGCAGCCUCACACACACCACCAGUCAAUGGAUCAGAAAACCUUUUGGGGAACAGAGGAAAUGCAGCUGGGGGUGCACAGACAGGUGAUGCACUUGGAAAAGCUUUGGCAUCUAUUUAUUCUCCUGAUCAUACCAGUAGUAGUUUCCCAUCAAAUCCAUCGACACCUGUUGGAUCACCAUCACCUUUACCUGGUGCUAACCAGUGGUCAAGACCAGGCGGAGCUCCAUCAUCUCCUAGUUAUGAAAACUCUCUUCACUCACUGAAAAACCGGGUUGAACAGCAACUUCAUGAGCAUUUGCAAGAUGCAAUGUCUUUCUUAAAGGAUGUCUGUGAGCAAACUCGGAUGGAGGAUCGUCUAGACAGAUUAGAUGAUGCCAUCCACGUUCUCAGAAACCACGCUGUUGGGCCUUCAACAAGUAUGUCUGGUGGCCAUGGUGACAUGCAUAGUUUACUGGGACCAUCACAAAAUGGGCCAAUUGGAGGACUGAAUUCAAACUUUGGAGCAUCUGCACUGGUAACAUCCAGUCGACAAGCAUCAAUGGUGGGUUCUCAUCGGGAUGAAUCUGUCAGUCUUCAUAGCAACCAUCCAAUCCUCCCCAAUACAGUCCCCCCUUCAAGUGCAGAAAUAAAUAACCAGGCACAGGAUAACUACAGAGGACUAUCAAGUUUACAAAGUCAGUCUACUGUCUUGGGUCCUGCAGAAGUCAAAACAGAAGAUAAAGAUGAGAACACAAAUGAUUCCUUCUCAUCUGAGGACAAGAGGUCAGAUGAUGAAGGAUGUAAAAAAGAUCUCAAGAUGCAAUCUAGAGGGAGGUCAAGUCAUCAUGAAGAUGAGGACCUUAAUCCUGAGCAAAAAGCAGAAAGAGAGCGUGAUAGGAGAAUGGCAAACAAUGCCAGAGAACGCCUUCGUGUGAGAGACAUCAAUGAAGCAUUUAAAGAGCUUGGACGAAUGUGUCAACUUCACUUGAAAAGUGAAAAACCCCAAACCAAACUACUUAUUCUUCAUCAGGCAGUUACCGUCAUCCUUAACUUGGAGCAGCAAGUUCGAGAGAGAAACUUGAACCCAAAAGCAGCCUGCCUUAAAAGGAGAGAAGAGGAGAAGGCAUCUGCCGCAUCGGCAGAGGCACCAGCAGCACAUCCUGCAGUUCACUCUGGACUCAGCGACACUACCAACCCUAUGGGUCAUAUGUAAACUGCCAGGUCAAAAGUCUGGAUCAGUUUUGUAAAAUAACAAAUUAGUUAUCUUUCCAUGCAAGGACCCAGCCAACCAACUUUCUUUCAUAAAGCCACAGUUGGAAAUCUUAAUGCACUUGAAGCAGAGACCCAGAAAGAAUCUCUUGAUCAAAAUGGCAUCACGUUCAGCCCACUGAAAAGUUAUUUGACCUGAAUCUGAAUCUACAUAUCAAUCUGUUGCAAGCAGUAUUGUUUCCACACAAUCAGAGACUAUUGCAAUUAUCCCAAUUUUUAUGGAAGUUGCCUUGUGCCUAAACUUGUUGGUUGAUGAAAUACAUUUAAAACAAAAAUUAUUUAUUGCUACUGAACUAUAAGGUCUACUUUGAAAGGGAAAUGUUAAAAUCUGAUUUUUUUUUUCAUUUUCAGCUGGGCUGAUGCUAGUAUCUGUUAAAGCUGUUCACAUACAGAGAACAAAGCAGGAUUGACCUCUAACCCCCAGCAUUCCCAGAACCUAUUAGUGUCUUAAAAAAAAGAGAGAAGUCUUCAUUGUCUUCUCCAUUCCUUGGCCACACGAAUAGCAUAUAACAUGUAUCAGAAAAUUCCUUGUUAGUGUGUUUUUUUUUGUUCUCUGGUUAUUUGAACAGUUAUGGUCACAAUUUUUUUCCUAAAUUAUGUUCAAUGCCUGUGUCAUGAUCAGUUUGCUAUAAUAGCAGAAUGUGUUUUUAUUAAAAAAAAAAGGGCAGGUCUGAUCAUAGCAUCGCUUAAGCUUAAAUAAGGUUAGCUUCCUUCAUACUUUCAAAUAAAUACCCAUUCUUAUCCGUUUAAUUUGUAAUUAUACAAACUUUUAAGCUUCUAGGCUUCAUAGUAAAGCUUGUAACGUGAAGUGUAAAUUAGAAAAGUUCUAAUUUUAGAAUUGCUUUGUUUUUCAAGCAUUUAAUACUACAGUUAGUAUAUGUGAAAGUGUUUGUUGUAAUUAAACACCGAUGCAAAACAAAGGUUUCAGGCUCUAAAAGCAAUGAGAGCUGAUAAAAUACUUGGUUCAGCAGGGCCAGUAGUAUUGACAAUGAACAAAGUAGUACUGUCAGCUUAAUGAAAAAUCUGGAGGGAAAAAGAGCAACGGUCACCAGCUUUCUGAGACCAUACUUUGUUUUUGAUAUCUCCUUAUCUGCAUGGCUAGUCAGUGGACAGAGAUCCAGAGACUGAUGCAGCCAGAAAUGCAACUGCCCUGACCUUUGAAACCAUCAUGACAAACUCAUUUGAGUUGUUUUAAACCACUUAAAAUUUAUUUGUGUUUCCUCUUGGUUGGUCUCCAUUUUUUUGUGUGGAUUCAAAUUUCUUAGCUUCCAUGUAAACUGUCUUCCAUUCAAAAGGAAUAUAGAAGAGAAACUAUCUGACAAGGUUACUCACUGUUAUCUGAAUGUUGGCAAAUGGUUCAACAGAAUGAACAAAUGCAUUCCUUGGUUCCAGACACUAAGGCAACCAAAGGGCAAAAUUUGUAUAAGUUGCCACAGUGGGCUAAUAGGAAUGCCAAACACUUGCUUUCAAAGGAUUUGCCGAGAAUGAUUUUCUUCUGGCAAAUUUUGUAUGAUUUUGCUAUUUGAAUUGAUUCAUGUUGACUAAUUCAAAAUCAGUUAACACCUACUUUUCUGUAUUUGUGGCCUUGUUCAGUUCGUUGUUUAUGAGCUAACAGUUGCUUAAAACGUGCUAAAGUGAUCAUGUGCCACGUUCUGGCCUUUUCUUCCAAGCCUGGUUCUAAGCUUUCUUUCCCGUUGGCUAUAAUAGAUGCAUUAUGCCCAGAAGCUUUGCUUCAUAAAGGAAAAAAAAAGAAACAUUUGGCUUAUUUUUCACUGUAGCUAGUCUUUUAUACAAUAAUCUUGUAAGAAAAUUUCUUGAAUUCUAAAUAUUACUCUUUCUAGAUUUUUGAAAUCAAAAGUUUUCAGUAAAAAAAAGUUUCUUACUUUAUUUUACUAUAUUAGGUAGCAGAAGUGUAGGGUUAUUUACCAUAACCUGUCCAUUAAUAUCAGAAAAUAAAAUAGCAUCCUAAGAACAUAGUAGGUUCUAGCUAAACUGUGUAGUAACCUAUGGAGUAUUGUACAAGCUAAAUGUCUGAGAUAAGUUGCUUCACAUCUUGUUCUCCAGUUUCCAUUGUUGGUUGAUGCAGAUUUGUACCCGUGUCAAAUUUAAGGUAUUGUUGAUGAACCUUUCUACACAACAGCAAGAAGUAAAAGAUUUCUGUCAGCGAAAAUAGAAACCACAAUAUGUAUAUAUAACAUUUAUGUAGCAAUAAAUGUGCCAUCUUUUUUAACAAGACAAAUGAGUUUUAAUAUUUCUUUGUGAUCUAAUCUGUUAGAAUAAACAUUUUUUUUAAGUGAAUGAAUUUACCUAGUUGACAUUACCAGUUGUAGGAUGACUGGUAUGAUCACUUUGCGUUGCUACUGGUAUU